GUUUAAAAAUUCUUACAGUAAUUUUGAAAUAUAGGCGUAUAUUCUUACAUUGUACUAAAUUAACUGCAAGCGCGAUGACACAAACAAAGUUUACCCUAUCAUGGAAUAUGUAUCAAAAGAAUUUUUGCAAGGGAUUAGGUUUACUGCAGCAAAAUGGAGAAUUUGUGGACAUGACCAUGGCAGCUGACGGGCAUCAUGUGAAGGUCCACCAGCUUGUACUGUCACUUGCCAGUCCAUACCUUAAAGCACUCAUCACAUCAAUACAAUGUCAACACCCUGUUAUAUUUUUAAAUAAUGUAUCACACAAAACUCUAUGCUCUAUUCUAGAGUAUGUGUACACAGGAGAAGUUGUUGUUGCACAAGAGGAUAUUGAAAGCCUCAUGGAGGCUGGGACCGCAUUGAAGAUAAAGGGCCUUGAAAAUAUGAAUGUGGGAAGCAGUAUAAACACAUCACUGGUCAUGCCAAAUAUGAGUAGAAAGACUGAACGGGAAGCCACAAACAUUGAAUGUACAGUAACUAACCCUCUACAGGAGACUGCAAUUGAAGACAGUGUUAUGAAAGGCAAUAAUUAUGAUACCCUAUAUGAUGACACGUUUUACGUUGACAACGAAAGUGUACAUGAACUAUCAGAUUCUGAGACAUUUGAAACAAGCAAUAUUGAAAAGGGAGCAGCCACAACAAAACCUGUGCACGAAAAGGCAAAGAGCAGUACGCAGGAAGAUAACGAUAAUGUGACGCUACAGUACACGUUGUCGAACCAAGGCUCGUUGCAACUGAUACUGAACCGGUUCCUGUACUACCUGCGAUAUAACGGGAAGGGCACCGGAAGUUCGACGCGGCGUGUGUGGCGCUGUGUUGACUACAUCCGGUCGCGGUGUCCUGCCUCCAUCGUCACCACGGACAACGUGGUUGUACAAAGGAUAGCAGCGCAUAUACAUCCUUUUCACGAUUCGAGAAUCUUGAAAAAAGUGCGCAACGGUGCAGUUUUCACAGCUAUAUUAGAUGCAGAGAAGAAAGGAGAAGAUAUAAAGAAAAAUAAGCAAGACAGUUAUGGAGACACGCUCAUGGAACAUGACGAUGAACCUAAAUAGUCUAUGAAGACAUCAGUGCUCAUGUGGGUAUCUUCAUAUCUGCAAUGACUUCUCGAGAACCUGAAUUAAUUCGCUGAUGAAGCAUUACUCUGUGAUUUAAGUAACUACAUAGACCAGUGGUUCCCAAUUAGUUUUUGCUGCGUACCACUUCAAAAAGUCCUCAAACCAUGAGUACCCCUUAUUGUAGCAA